CCGACAUUUCCUUAAACAUCGCAUUUUAGCGGCUAAUCAUGUAGUCACAGCUGCUUCUGCUCAUGUUACUGUGCGCCAAAUGAAGAGCUUCAGAGCUAAAUCCAGUUUGGAAAUGGCGUUAAUGGUUUACAAUCUUCAGCUUUCAGUCUGUUUUGGAGGUCAUUUCUAGCGCACGGACAAUUCGCCUGAGCUCGUUGGGUAUUUACUCACCUUGGUGAAAGAGCUGCAGGGCAGCCCUUGUGGCCAAAAUGCCACUGUGUGCCCUGCAAGUUGGUGGGGGAUCCUGAGGGGCUGGAGGUGCCCAUUGAGUGCAGCAGGCACAACAUCAAACAUUCUGACCAAAACAUGAAUCUGUGCUGGACCGAGAUCAAGCGCAAGUCCCACAAUAUCAGACUUCACCUAUUUGGAGAAUUGUACAAGAAUGGUUUGUGCAGGGUGGAGUUUUCAUAAAAUAGAGGGUACGUCUGGAGGCAUUCUCAGACAGCAGUGGGAAACUGCAGCUGUCACUGCAGGAAAUCAUUGAAUGGCUAACAACUAAAGAUGAGGAGCUAUCGGAGCAGCUGCCUAUAGGGGGUGAUGUGGGGGCUGUGCAGCACCAGCGUGAAUUCCACCAGGUAGUAUCACACUAACACACAUACAAACACAAAAUGUUCAUCAACAUUUACAUGCCUUCCCUUAGACAAGUUUAUAUUUUUUUCAGUAAGCUUUGAUAUUGUAUGCUUAAUGCUGUUAAUCCACCCAUUUAUCAAACAUUUGAGGGACAGGACAGCAAUAAGCUUUUUGGUAUAGUAAUUAUACUUGAGCAUUCACCUAUAUAAUCAGACUGAUGUUAGAUACUAACCAAUUAUCAAGCAAUUGCAAUGCUAAAUCAUCUUCUUGCCUGUGGAUAGCCUUACUGCAUCCCUUAAAUUGAGAUCCAGAUAGAGUAAAAUUAGCAUAUAUAAUAUAGAUUGUUAAAGAGAUUCAAUGUAAAGAAAUACGAUCAAUCAUUGCCCUUGAAUUGGUUGUGAAGCAUCAGCCAUCCAAAUUAAAUUCCAGAACACACACACAUACACACAGCCCCACUGACCCUAUUAUUUCACAUUAACCACAUACAUUCAUAUCCACUCACAUCUAACCAUCAUAGUCCUGUUCAGUUUUCCUUUCAGUGUGUGUGUGUGUGUUUUGUUAACCCUAUGCUUUGCAAACACUUCAAAACAUAUUUAUAUGUUUGGUAAAAGCUUCAAGGUCAGUCAAAAAAUUCUGUAUACUGUAAAUGUAAUUCACUAAUGUAUUUUACAUUUUGUUUUCACAAUUUUAACGAGUCUGUAUUCUGUGUUUCUUAUCAUAUAUAUUUCAUAUCAUAUUUCUUAGCCAGCAGCAGAACAUUAUAAGCUAAGGACAAUAACUCUUUUGUUUGUCCGGUUUAUUUGGGAAUGAAGAUAUAAACCAUUGUGAUGCAUUGAAUGAGUAAUUUCUGUUUGCCUUCAUUCAAUAUGAGGCAAUAUGAGAUUUUCCAGUUUGGCUUUUUACAACUGAAUAAAACAGUGGGCACAGUAAGUGAACUAAGUGACAGCCAUCAGUAAUUGUAGACCGAAGUGUUCAGACUCCUCAAAGGUAUAGUAGACUACUAUUGUACUAUUGAAAGACAUUGUAUUGAAUUAACUGACUGGAGUAAAUUAUGGGGAAUUAGAUGGGGCUUUUUACUACUUAAAUGCUGAAUAGGAAUUAGUUGAGGGUUCAGGUUACUAGGAAUUACUUUGCCCUUGGUAGUGUACACAGCUUUCCACUCUAGGGCUCCCUUUUCAUGUAUGAGGAAACUUUGUUGGAAAAUAUUUCUUGGAGGCAGUUGCUUUGUGGUAAGGCUGGCUGAUUAUUCCAUGGAUUUGGCUCUCCAUAUGGAUAAAUUUGUUUUGCAGCCAGCAAUCUAGCAAUUAUAAAAGGGUUUGUGUUUAGAGAGAAGGGUGUGUGUUUUAGCAAAUGUGUGUGUAUUAUAUGUGUGUGUUUAUGCAUGUGUGCCACUCAGUAGAGAUUUCUAUUUAUUUAUGCAGGCCUUUAUGGAGGAUGUGAAGUCCAGAGGGCCCUUUAUCUACUCAGUGCUGGAGUCAGCCCAGGCCUUCUUAGCCCAGCAUCCAUUUCAGGAGCCUGAUGAGAUGCUGCCAGAUGAGUUGUCUCCAAGGCGCAGGAUGCAAAAUGUGAGCCGCUCGGUUUGGAAGCAGGCAAAUGUGGCCAGUGACCUGUGGGAAAAGCUGACAGCACGUUGUGUAGAUCGUCACCGGCACAUGGAGCGGACACUAGAGCGGUUGCUGCAGAUGCAGGCAGCCAUGGAUGAACUGGCCAAUGCUCUGGAGCAGGCUGAUGGCGUAAGGCAUGCCUGGGAGCCAGUGGGUGAUCUCUUCAUUGAUUCACUGCAGGACCACAUUGAUGCAACAAAGCUGUUUAAGGAAGAACUGACUCAAGUCAAGGAAGGCAUAAAGCACAUCAAUGACUUGGCCCACCAGCUAGCCAUUUCUGAUGUGCACUUGUCCAUGGAAAAUGCUCGUGCACUUGAACAGCUCAACAGCAGGUGGAAGCUGCUGCAGGGAUCUAUUGAAGAACGCAUGAAGCAGUUGCAGGAUGCCCACAGAGACUUUGGUCCUGGAUCACAGCAUUUCCUCUCUAGUUCAGUGCAGAUACCUUGGGAGCGUGCCAUAUCCCCUAACAAAGUGCCAUACUACAUCAACCACCAGGCACAGACAACCUGCUGGGAUCAUCCAAAGAUGACAGAAUUGUAUCAAGCACUGGCGGACCUGAACAACAUCAAGUUCUCAGCAUACCGGACAGCCAUGAAGCUACGCCGUGUGCAGAAAGCUCUAAAAUUGGAUCUGCUGAAAGUGACCAGCAUAGCUGAGAUAUUCAGGGAGCAAGACCUGCAACAUAGUGAACACAUGAUGGAUGUGGUGGAGGUGAUUCAUGCCCUCACUGCUCUGUAUGAAAGACUGGAGGAAGAGCAAUCAGUACUCAUCAAUAUACCACUCUGUGUGGACAUGUGCCUCAACUGGUUGCUCAACGUCUAUGACAGUGGUCGGAAUGGAAAGAUGCGGGUACUCUCUGUCAAGAUGGGAAUAGUUAGCCUAUGCAAUGCAGAUAUCAAGGAGAAAUACAGAUACCUGUUUAGACAGGCAUGUGAGUCAAAUGGCCUGAUGGAUCAGAAGCACCUCAGCCUGUUGCUGCAUGAAGCUGUCCAGAUUCCACGGCAGCUUGGUGAGGUGGCAGCCUUUGGUGGAAGUAAUGUGGAGCCCAGUGUCCGUAGCUGUUUCCGCAUGGCCCCAGGGAAGCCAUCAAUUGAAGUAAUUCACUUCUUGGAGUGGGUGAGUCUGGAGCCUCAAUCCAUGGUGUGGCUUCCUGUACUGCACCGUGUGACCAUGGCUGAAUCUACUAAGCAUCAAGCUAGGUGCUACAUCUGUAAACAGUGCCCCAUUAAGGGCUUCAGAUACCGGAGUCUGAAACAGUUUAACGUGGAUAUCUGCCAGACAUGUUUCUUGACGGGGCGAACAACCAAAGGCAAAAAGCUCCACUACCCCAUUAUGGAGUACUAUACCCUGACCACCUCAGGAGAGAAGAUGCGGGAUUUCGCAAAGACUCUAAAGAACAAGUUCCGAUCAAAACAGUACUUCAGCAAGCACCCUCAGAGAGGCUACCUGCCUGUGCAAACAGUUCUGGAAGCAGAGAGUGGCGAGAUGUCAUGUUCCUCUCCCAGGCUACCACAUGCAGACACACACAGCCGGAUCGAGCACUUUGCCAGCAGGCUGGCAGAAAUGGAAAGCCAGAGCUGCUCCUUCUUCACUGACAGCCUCUCUCCUGAUGAAAGUCUGGAUGAAGAUCAAUACCUCCUGCGUCAUUCCAGCCCCACUCUGGAACAUGACCAUCCACCUGAGCCGCACUUUCUCUCCCAUCUUGACUGCCAAAACAAAGAGGAACUGCAGCGAACACUUGCCCAUCUGGAAAACGAGAACAGGAUGCUACAGGGUGAAUAUCGGCGGCUGAAGUGGAAGCAUGAGGAGGCUGCAGCAGCAACACCGCAGCUGGUGGAGGGCAUCUCAGGCUUGGGCUUGCCUCUUGGACAGCAAGAUGAGGAACUCCUGGCUGAGGCUCGAGUACUGAGGCAACACAAAAGUCGCCUGGAGACACGCAUGCAGAUACUGGAGGAUCAUAACAAGCAAUUGGAGUCACAGCUCCAUAGACUCAGAGAGCUACUGUUGCAGCCAAAAGAUGACUCAGAAGCCAAUGGAUCAGCUCCAUCUUCUCUGUCCUCGCCUGUGUCAGCAGUGCACCAGGGGGAGCCACUAAGCAAAGAGACCACAGACACUGAGGCUACAGGUGAAGAUUUGGAGCCAGAGCAGGACACAGUGCUACAGCUACAGCAGGUGAUUGAGCAGCUGAGGAAUGUCUUCCCAUCUGAACCAGGCCAAUAAGGAGGCACACAGAUUCCACAUUGCUCAGCUAAACCUGGAUUGGGUCCAAAAAUGCAAAGGGGAAAACAAAGCUCAGCGUGUUGGAAUCUCCAACUGAAUCUCAAUGGGAGAGCUGGGUCAUUUCUGAGUGAUUCAUUAAUGUCUUGUGGUGCCAAAGGCCAUCGCUUGAUCAAUACACUGUGGUAACCACCUACUUGUAGAAGCAGCAGGUGUUUGGCUUAUCUAGUACAGCACAAUGACCUCACCACCAGUCACACAGAGAAGCAAGGUCUAUACUCUUGUUCUAGCUACUUUGUCUUUUGUUUUUUAUUGAUUAAUAUUAUUGCUUUCAUUUGUUGUUCACACAACACUGAAAUGGACAUGCAUUUGCAAGCUGUCCAGGUCUUGUAUUGCCUCUGCUCUAUGGAGCAAGAAGAAGCUAUGGACUUUUUUCCUAUGUAGGGUUGACAAAUCAGCAGUACUUUAUUCAAUAUUCAAUAUCAUCUAGGUGCACAGCACAUUUAUUCUGACAACUCCAGCUGAGCCCUCUUUUCUCCCUCUUUCUCUCUUGCUCUUUCUCUCAUUCACUUUCAUUCUCACUGUUGUUACAUCCACCCAUUUCUCUUCCUUCCUCGCUCUUUCUGUCUGUCUAGGUCUGUCACACAAACACAUCAGUGAUGGUAUAAACAACUGUUUCACAGCUAACACUGACUUACUUGGCAAAGGGAAUGGAUAAUUGGUGAGGGUGAUUUUAAUCACUGUGCUGUGUUUUUGCUGUGAACGAAUUUGCUUGAAAAAUGACAGCUGUGCCCAGCAGAUUGAGGGUGUCCUAGAACAGUGGUUCCCAACCUAGAGUGGCAGAAAGGGUGCACUUUCACACAAUGUCAAAACAACUAACAAACAUGGCAGCAGCAGAGGAAGGUGAGGCUAUACUCAGACAGCUAGGUCUUGGCCACAUGUGAAGCUUAGGAAAGUCCCCUUCCCUAUUCAGGUGGGUAAGUCAUCUUAGGCAGACAUGUCUGUGCUCUUUGUUCAAAUGUACAAUUAAUGAGUGUUUUGAAAUGGGACAUUAUGUCAACAAAUAUGAACACAACAAAUACUCACCUAGACAUGCUAACAUUGAUCAACACCUACUUUGAAUCCAACAAUCUACCAAAUGAGAAUAUUGUGGUUUGCUGUGUUGAAGGGGCAAUGGUGAUAAAGAGAAAAAAUGAAAAUAAAAAAUAAAAAUAAUUAGAAAAAAUAAGAGUUUUACUAUACAUUUGUCAAGUCAAGUCAAGUCAAGAAGCUUUUAGUGUCCUUUUAACCAUAUUUAGCUGGUACAGUACAUAGUGAAAUGAAACAGAAUUUCUCCAGGACCAUAGUGCUACAUAAAACACAGAACCAUGUCAAAGAACACAGAACUAAGUACUGUAAGUAAUUUGGCAUAUUUUCACAUAAGGUGCAUGUGUGCAAACUUCUUCAAAUAGUGCAAGACACAAGACAGAUACACAAAGUAGUGCUUACCAGUUUGUAUAUAUAUAUACUUUUGUGAGUAGUGUAUAUAUAUAUAUAUAUAUAUAUAUAUAUAUAUAUAUAUAUAUAUAUAUAUAUAUAUAUAUAUAUAUAUAUAUAUAUACACACUACUCACAAAAAGUUAAGGAUAUUCGGCUUUCAGGUGAAAUUUCAGGAUGACACUCAACUCCAGGCACAUUUAACGGCUGCUGGAGGCUGGGGUACCUCAAAUGGAGUGGCCUGCACUUUCUCCAGACCUGAAUCCCAUAGAAAACCUAUGGGAUCAGCUGAGUCGCCAUGUAGAGGCUCGUAACCCUGCAACCCAGAACCUCAAUGACCUGAGGGCCACCCUUCAAGAAGAGUGGAAUGCCAUGCCUCAGCAGACAAUAAGUCGACUCGUAAACAGCAUGAGACGUCAUUGUCAAGCUGUAAUUGAUGGUCAAAGGCACAUGACAAAUUAUUGAGACAUUGACAUUUUUUUGUUGUUGUAUACCCACCACUGUUGUUGGCUUUUGCUUCAAUAAAUUGUUUGACAUGAGGGAAUCACCAUUGCAUGCUUCUACUUAAAUGGCCUACUUUCAUGAUGUGAUAUCACUGUAGCAUGAACUUUUUACAUUUUCCAUAAAUUUCACCCAAAAGCCAAAUAUCCUUAACUUUCUGUGAGUAGUAUAUAUAUAUAAGGUCUGGUUUUGAGGGCCUGAAUGCUUUGGUACCUUUUUCCAGAUGGUAGGAUGGGGAAGACUGUGUGAGUGGUGUGUGGGCCUUGCAGAUACAGUAUGUCUGUGACAGAAGGAAGAAAUUCUGAUAAUCAUCACAGCUGUCCUCACUAUCCACUGCAUUCCAAACCAGAUAGUGAGACAUCUGCUCAGGAUGCUCUUGAUAGUACCUCUAUAAAAUGUUGGCAGGAUGGGGGCAGAGGAGAUGGGUUUUCCUCAGACUUUCUUAAAAGAAGAGAUGCUGAUGAGCUUUCUUGGUGAUGAACCUGGUGUUGAGGGACCAGGUGAGGUUUUCCACCAGGUGGACACAGAGGAAUUUGGUGUUUUUGAUGAUCUUCAUGGAGGAUCUAUCGAUGUUUAGUGGAGAAUGGUGCUCUCCUGAAUUCAAUAACCAUUUAUUUUGUUUUGUCCACAUUCAGAGACAGGUUGUUGGCUCUGCACCGGGCUUUUAGCUGUUGCAACUCCUCUCUAUAUGCUGACUCAUGGUUCUUGUUAAUGAGACCCACCAUGGUUUUGAGCAAACAGCCCUGAGGGGUCCCAGUGUUCAGUGAGGUUUCCCUGUCAAGAAGUCCAGGAUCCAGUUCAGGAUCCAGUGUAACUGAACUGACAUUUCUGAAGUAGCUUAAGUAGGUAAGUUGCACCUAACAAUUCAGAUUUCUAACUUACUGCAGGUGUUACAGCUAGAUGAAAAACCUUUUUUUUAAGGUUUUGUUUAGUGUAUGUGGUUCCAGUUUAAUAGAUUGACAUGAAAAAAAAAGGUUGGGAAGCACUCGUCUAGAAGAUAGAAGGUGCCUAUACUCCUUCACUCUGGCAGUCUAAUUUUUUAUAAAUAGAGCUGUAAACAUUAGAUCAACAUUGUCAACUUCUCUGAGAUGAUCAGUCAAGGAUUUUGGAAUUUGCAAGUUUGAAAAUGAAAGUGAUUGUGGAGUGAAGCACGAGUGACAUGCUCCAGGCUGCACAUCAUCCAACAGUUCAUACAGUUUCCUUCAGAUGCAUACUAACUAGGGACUACUAAUUGGAAGAUUUUGAGUUCAAAUCUGAGGACCACCAAGCUGCCACUGCUGGGUCCCUGAGCAAGGCCCUUAAACCUCAACUAAUCAGUUGCAUAAAUUAGAUAAAUGUAAGUUGCUCCAGAUAAGGGCAUCUGCCAAAUGCCAUUAAUAUUACUAUAAAGCUGUCUUGACUCUAUUAAUUAAGGCUGCUGUAAAAAUGAUAAUCCUAUUAAAUGUGAAUUAAAUUAUACAGUACCCUCCAAUUAAUUCAAAACAUACCACUCUUACAAACUGAAACUUAUUUGAACAUGUAUUUAACAAGAAGUAAAGGUUUAGUUUUUUCCCCAUGUUAGAUCAGAUAAGCAUUUAAUUUCCAAUUUCUUUUUAAUUUUGAUAUGGUAAAGUAAUUGAAAGUUUUAUAAGUGUACUGCACAGACCACCACUGCCAGGUUUCUGAAAAUGGAGUUCAGAGACAAACAAGAAGCUAUAGGAGGUAUAAUGAUUAUAGUCCAGUUUAAUGAUAUUACAAUGGUGGAGCUCAAAAUCCUUUUAACUGUUUAGUAGUAUUUGUAAUUGUAUUUGUUAUUUGUUAACCUAAGCGAUUUGUCACUUAAGAGUUCAUUCAAAACCUCAAUAACUAUGCCUCAGCAGUUUUGUUAAUUGGUUUUAAUAAAAAAUGAGUUAUGAUUGAUCUACUAUUUUUUGUGCAUGUGAUUGACACAGGAUGAUUUUAAAUUAUGCAUAAGGACAUCUGCUGUAAGAGAGGCUUAUUUGGUGGUCAGAUUUUGUGAGAGUGAAAGAUGCUACAAGAACACUCAAAAGAGAGACAGAAAUAAAGAGAGCUGGAAGGAACAGAUUGCCUUUUUUGGAACAGAUUGGCUUUUUUCAUAGCAGUUCUGUAGAGUUGACAUAGAGUUGACUGAUGGGAGACAGACAGAAGAAAACAGGGAGGACGAUGUCUGGGAAGUAAUUAUGUCUAGAUGCAGUGCCUAAAAAUCCCUCUUGGUUUCCAGUGCAUGUAUAUAACUUUAUCUUCCAUUCCACUUUGAACAAGCCACUUGAAAAGGAAUUUUUGCAUUUGAAACGGAUGUAUAUUAUUAUCUGUGUUAUUAAGGUAGGGAGCUGUCCUAUAAGACCUGGCACUGCUGGUUAUAUUCAUUCAUUAUAUUUAUUAAUUGUAAAGGAGAUGCAUAUGGUGUAGGGAAAGAGUGAGAGGACAAAUGAGAAGUUAUACAAUUUGUUGUUAUCCCUUCCCAAACCACUGGUCACUGCUUAACUGGCAUGGCUUUUAUAUUAAAAUCUGUUGCAUCCAGCUUGAUUACUUGUUUAUCAAAUUAAGAACACAUAAAAAAGAAAACAAAAACAAUUUCUUGUUUCUUUAUUCAUAUACCAUGUGGUAUAUGCAGGAAGAGCAUAUACAUGAAAGUCUAAAAUACAUAAAUCAUUUUAUAUCCUGAAGCAUACUGGCAUAGGAAACAUCAUGCGCUCACAGAUGGAGAAAAUCCUUUACAUGAUCAUAUGCUAUGCAUUUACAGCAGAUCAUUCUGUCUAACAUAUUCAGUAUGAUUUUUGCUUAAGGUCAUAUUUCUUGCAAUUAUACUCAUUUAAUUUGAUUUGCUAUAUGAAACUUCUGGAACUGUAGAAUGAGUGAAUUAUAUGAUUUGAGGUUGAUGUGUGGUACUACAUGCAAUUGCAAAGGACUGCCCCUUUUAUUUUUAGCUGAUGAAAAUGCUUUUUGUUGAAAAGAAGCAUAUCUGUAGCUCUGCAAACAAGUGGGUUUUGUUUUGCCUUGAAAAUGCAGGACAUUUGCUUAAUCUGAAUGCAUCAAUCCAAUGUUAUCUUAUACAGAUAUGUUAACUUGAUUACUCCAAACAUUCCAGAUUCAGUUUUCCCCCAAUAUUUAUCUAUCACUAUUACUUUUUAAAAUUAUUGCAUUAUAUACCCUAUUCUCUACUCAUUUCCACUUCACAUUAAUUUAUACUAUAUUGUUUGUGAAAAGCUUUUAAAUGAAUGGAUUACUGGCUGCUUUGUACUCAUUGUAUACAGAGAAAUAAAUUUGUAUUUCUUUUAUACCAUGUCUAUUGUGUCUUCUUAUAUGACUGACCUUAUAUGUCUAAGAAAUAAUUAAGGAAUAUGCCAGUGUUCAUUUUUCUUUUUAGGUUAGUAUUAAUAAUUUCUGGGCUUUCUUGGUCUCACUAUGUUCAAAACAAUCACUGUGUUUCAGUAUGUAUAAUAUAUCUGGCCUUGAUUUGAUUAAUUGUUUCUAGUCUUCUUGUUCUGUCUGUAUUUUUGUCCCCCAUCCUUGGUAUGGUUUAAUAUCCUUUCUUAUCUACUGGCUCAACAUUCCCCUCAUUUAGAGGCAGAGAGCCUGUGUGCUUUUUAUUCAAAGUGGUUGUAUUUAUAUAAUCUCCUUCUUCAUUGCCUGCCUGGCUGACUGAGUUCUCAUGAUCUUUACUAGAAAUGUCUAACUUAAUUUCUUGUCCUUCUUCAUAGCUCUCUUUGGUGGCUUUUCUCUUGUCUGCCAAUUUCGACUCCUUCCUGUUGUCUCUCUUGGCCUGUGCCUUCUGUUCCCACUUAUCUUGGCUGCUCACCCAGUAGUUCUUGUUCUCACUUAUAUGUUUUGCCCGGAGAUUCUCACAUAGCUUCUUUAGUUCCUGCUUGACAAUGGGUUUGAGCUUGAGGUCAAGGCACUCUGCCCUGAAGAAAUCCUGCCUUGCUUUGUCUUUGUUGUACAGAGCUGAAUAGGCACGAGCACGCUGAUAGAUGGCUUUUACAUUAUCUUUAAGAGGAACAGAGAGAUUGAGACAGAAAAAGUAAAAGAGGGAGAGAAGAUAUUUCAUUCACCUUACAUAAAAAUUUAUUCAGCCAAAAUGUUCUACUCAUUAUAUAGGACCCCUAUUAAAAUAUUCAAUAUAACAAUGCUUUAAACUUCCUAGGAUGGAAGACAAUUGAUGAAUGAAACAUAAAGGUAAAAUGAUAAUGUGUGCCCAAUAUUGUUACAGACACUUAACUUUAGAUUAAGAUUAUAACCCUGGUUCUCAGAAAGCAUUAGCGAGGUAUCUUAAUAUGGAACAUGCCCCUUUACAUGGUACUUCAGAAACACAAUUGCAUUACAACAGUCAGGAUUGGAUGGCAGAUACCACAUGUGCUUCACAGAGGUAGGGCUUUUUUCCCUUAUAAUCCUCAGCACUAUGCCACAUGUAACAAACAUGCCUCUUUCCCACUGUACUCAAAGCAGUUGAUCUGUUUAUAUACUUUACUUAUGCUAUUAGAGAACCGGGGUUAUGGCCAUGACCUGAAAAUCUCUUUCCAGCUUUUUUUUUUAGUAUCUCACUAUUGGUUAUUGUGACCCCUGAAUAGCCAGUCAGGCUAAUUUAAGGACAGAAUGUGCCAGUGAGAGUUCAUUUUCACAUCAAACCUAUUAAAUCAGUGGGUGGAGAUGGCUAACUCACCAGAGCUAUAUUAUAAUAUUCUUAAUUCAUAUUUCCUGAAACUAGGCCCCAGGCCUGGAAACUAAAAAUGGCAGCAUAAUAUACCAUUAAUAUGGAAGAAAUUCUUCUGCCCUUAUACAGCAGUUCCUGAAGGAACAAUAAGUUCAGAGGAACAGAACACUGACAAACAACUCCUCAAACAGACACCAUUUGCAGUCAGGACUUGUGGAUGAUGCUAUCAUAUUCUGAAUGGUUACAAUAAUGCUAUUAGGUAGCCUUUCAUGGGGCAGGCCCAAGUUAGGGUGAAAUAUUUUCCUGCAAGCCUGAGAUUGGAGAUCUCUGCAUAUUAGAAUAAGUGUACGCUCCUGCUCCCUGCUUAAAGUUGGAUCAGUUAGGCUUAAUGGUGUAAAUCAUGUACAGGAUGAUCUAUGGCUACUUGUUUGUUAGUGCAUUCACCAACAUUGAGGUGUUCUAAUCAUUCAUGGAAUAGGACAGGGUACUGAGUUCUCGAUGUAAAAAAAAAAAAUCCUCAUUCCCUUUGGUACAAUGAAAUCUCAAGACUAUCAAGGCAUUCUGGAGUGUAAUGUGCUGCCCAGUGUCAGAAAGCUUGGUCUCAGGUCCGGGAUAAUGACCCAAAACACACAGCUAAAAACACCCAAGAAUGGCUAAGAACAAAUCAGAUUGUCUCAAAACCAGCAUUUUAUGAGCCCUGAUCUAAAUCCUAUUGAACAUCUGUAGAAAGAUGCUGCAACAUGCAGUCUGGAGAAGGCACCCUUUAAACCUGAGACAGCUGGAGCAGUUUGCUCACAAGGAGUGGGGCAAAGUACCUGUCAACAGGUGCAGAAGUCUCAUUGAGAGUUCCAGAAAUCGCUUGAUUGCCGUGAUUGCCUCAAAAGGUUGUGCAACAAAAUAUUAAGUUAAGGAUACCAUCAUUUUUGUCCAGGCCAGUUGCAUUAGUUUGUUUUUAAAUGCUUCUUUUGAACCACAAUUCAAAAGCAAUGUCUGAUUUUCAUUUGUCAAUUUUCAGUAAAUUUUUAAUAUUACUUUUGUCAGUUUCAAGUCAUUUCAGUGACCAGUGUUGUUUUUUCUUUCUUUAAUAGAAGGGUACCAACAAUUUUGUCCACGUGUCUUUUCAAUAUAGGAAAGGCUAAGCCAUUGUGUUCUCUUUUGAGGGACCAUCAAGACCAUUUUUCUGACUGAUGCUUGAACUGUACAUCUGUGGAGGCUCUGGCAGAGUAUCAUGACCAUGCAUACUCUGGCUCACAGUGAUGGGCUCGGUAAAGCUGUCAUUUCUUCCUUUAGUUCUGUCUUUAGUAAUGAGGUAUUCAGACUCUGACUAAGGUGGACUGCUUUGUAGCAUGUUUCAGAGAGGCAGGACUGGAGGCCUUAAAUUAAAUUGGCCUUAAAGGGAAAGGUAGGGUCUACUGCAGUCAUGGUGGUCUAUUGGGUGGCAUGCCACAAGGGGUUCCCCUGGAGGUAGGUGGCAAUUCCACUGCAUUUUAUGUUGACCCUCUGUGGAUGGUGCUAUUUGCAGAAAAUAGUGUUCCAUGAAUGAGUGACUUCCACUAAGCAUUCUAGAAAGACUGGAAGCAGUUGCUUUGCAAGCAUUACACUAUUUUACUUUCAGCAGCAGUUUCCCUUGUAGUCAGACAUGGUGGUUUCUAUAGGACAUCUGACCAGGGAAAGGCAAGUUUUUAAGCUGGACUUUUUCAGACAUGUCUGUGCUGCUGCCUUCACUUCCUGCCACUAUGGGCUUUGCAGCUUGUGAGGAGGGGGUAAAAGGCUGUAUAUCAACCUCAUCCUCAUCAGAUGUGAGGCCAACAGUUUUUGUCUGUUCAGUCUGACCUGUCUUCUACAAUAGCACAGUGAGAAGCCGAGAGAUUGUUGUGUUCUUGCUUAGUAGUUCAAUUCAAUUCAAUUCAUUUUAUUUUGCAUAUUGGUGCUAUGUGGUUUGGGUAGCAGUCAUGGACGGGGCCUCGACGACCCAAACCCUGGUCAAAGAAUCUGGCUCUUGGGACAUGGAAUGUCACCUCACUGGGUGGAAGGAGCCUGAGCAGUACCGGCUAGAGAUAGUCGGGCUUGCCUAUACGCACAGCCUGGGCUCUGGAACCCAACUCCUUGACAGGUUGGACCCUCUACUACUGCCUAAUGGUGAGAGGCGGAGGGCUGGGGUGGGCUUGCUUAUAGCCCCCCAGCUCAGCCGCCAUGUGUUGGAGUUUUCCCCGGUAAAUGAGAGGGUGGUUUCCCUGCGCCUUCGGGUCGGGGAUAGGUGUCUCACUGUUGACUGGCUUAUGGGCCGAACAGCAGUGUGGAGUACCCGACCUUCUUGGAGACCCUGCAAGGGGUGUUGGAAGGUGCUCCGACUGGGGACUCCAUAGUUGUACUGGGGGACUUCAGUGCCCAUGUGGGCAAUGAGAGUGAUUGGGAGGAAUGCCACCCGGGGCCGGAGGUCGAUGAUCGACCUUGUGGUCGUGUCAUCUGACCUUCGGCUGUAUGUCUUGGACAGAGGCUGAGCUGUCAACCAAUCACCGCCUGGUGGUGAGUUGGAUCUGCUUAUGGAGGAAGAUGCCGGACAGACUAGGCGGACCCAAACGUAUUGUGAGGGCCUGUUGGGAUCAUCUUGCUGAACCAUCUGUUGGGGGGGUCUUCAACUCGGAAGAGUUUCGACCAGGUUCAGAGGGAGGUUGGGCACAUUGAGUCUGAGUUGACCAUGUUCUCCUCCUCCAUUGUUGACGCAGAUAUCUGGAGUCAUAAGGUCUCUGGUUCCCGUCAUGGUGGCAAUCCCCAAACCCAGUGGUAGACAAUGAAAGUAAGGGAUGCAGUCAAGCUGAAGAAGGACUCCUAUCGAGCCUGGUUGGCUUGUGGGACCCCGGAGGCAGCUGAUGCAUAUUGGCAGGCCAAGCAAUCUGCAGCCCGGGUGGUUGUGGAAGCAAAAACUCGGGUCUGGGAGGUGUUUGGUGAGGCCAUGGAGAAGAACUAUCAGUUGACCACAGGGAAAUUUUGGCAGACCAUCCAGCGCCUCAGAAGCAGCUCUCUGCCAACACUGUUUACAGUAGAGGUGGAGAAUUGCUGCCCUUGACUGGGGAUAUUGUUGGACGGUGGAAGGACGGUGAAAAUACUUUGAGGAUCUCCUCAAUCCUACUGACACACAUAGAGGAAGCAGAGGCUGAGGACUCUCAGAGGCUGAUUAAUUCAUCACCCAAGCUGAAGUCACUGAGGUAGUCCAGCAGCUUCUCAGUGGCAAGGCACCAGGGGUGGAUGAGAUUCGCCCUGAGUACCUUAAGUAUCUGGAUGUUGUGGGGCUGUCUUGGCUGACACGUCUCUGCAACAUAGCGUGGCGGUCAGGGACAGUGCCUUUGGACUGGGCAACCAGGGUGGUGGUCCCUCUUUUUAAGAAGGGGGAUUGGAGGGUGUGUUCCAACUAUAGGGGGAUCACACUCCUCAGCCUCCCAGGGAAAGUCUAUUCCAGGGCACUGGAGAGGAGAGUUUGACCGUUUAAACCUCGGAUUCAGGAGGAACAAUGCGGGUCCGUGGCCCUCUGUUAAGGGCUGUUCAGUCUCUGUAUGACCAGAGCAGGAGCUUGGUUUGCAUUGCCAUCUGUAAAUCAGACCUGUUCCCAGUGCACGUUGGACUCCGGCAGGGCUGUCUUUUGUCACCAGUUCUGUUCAUUAUUUUUAUAGACAGAAUUUCUAGGUGCAGCCGGGGCUGGAGGGAGUCCGGUUUGGGGACCACAUGAUUUCAUCUCUGCUUUUUGCAGAUGAUGUUGUCCUGUUGGCUCCUUCGAGCCAGAACCUACAGCAUGCACUGGGGCAGUUUGCGAAGUGGCUGGGAUGAGGAUCAGCACCUCCAAAUCCAUGGCCAAGAUUCUCGACCGGAAAAAGGUGGCUUGUCUCCUUCAGGUUGGAGGGGUGUUCCUCCCUCAAGUGGAGGGGUUUAAAUACCUCAGGGUCUUGUUUACAAGUGAGGGAAGGAUGGAGCAUGAGAUUGACAGACAGAUUGGUGCAGCAGAAAUGCGAUCUAUUUACUGGUCUGUUGUGGUAAAGAAGAAGCUGACCCGAAAGUUGAAGCUCUCGAUUUACCAGUCAAUUCCUACAAUUCCUACCAGUUCCUACUCUCUCAUGAUCUUUUGGUCAUGACCAAAAGGACGAGAUCCUGGAUACAAGCGGCCGAAAUGAGUUUCCUUCAUAGGGUGGUGGGGCAUUCCCUUAGAGAUAGGGUAAGGAGUCACCCGGGAGGAGCUCAGAGUAGAGCCGCUACUCCUCCACAUCAAAAGCGGCCAGUUGCGUGGCUUGGGCACCUGUUUCGGAUGCCUCCUGGACAUCUCCCAGGGGAGGUAUUCCGGGCAUGACCCACCGGGAAGAUACCCCGGGAAAGACCCAUGAGAGACUAUGUCUCUCAGCUGACCUGAGAACACCUUAAAAUUCCCCUGGAAGAGUUAGAGAGAAGUGUAUAGGGAGAGGGAAGUCUGGGCAUCCCUGCUUAGACUGCCCCCAUGACCCGGCUCCAGAUAAGCGGGAGACAAUGAAUGAAUGAAUGAAGUUAAGUUACUAUUUUAUACCUAAUGAGCAAGCCUGAGGCGAAGGAUGCAAGGAAAAUCUCCCUGAGAUAUGAGGAAGAAACCUUGAGAGAAACCAGGCUCAGAAGUGGACACACUGGAAUCCUAAUUGGAUUCCUUGGGAACAGUGAGUUCCUAAUAGACAAUUGCUGGUUUUGAGACAAAAGUCGGCACAGUGUUCAUAUGAAGCCAGGGUCCUAACAUGGCCUGGACACCUAAAUGAUUGCUCGAAAGAAAACUGAAAGUGUUUCCUCUAAAAACUGGAAGCUCUAAAAACUCCCUAAAACUCAACUUACAACAGGAGGGCAAAGGAAGAGGUCUAUGUGCAUUUUUGCAAGCUUCUAGUUUUGCUGUCUCUGAUUUGUUGGUGGUGUGAAAUUGUGGUUUUUCUGUCCAAUUUGGCAAUGAAUGUGAAUUCACCUCUGUGAUUUUUUAGUAGUUGGGUAUUGAGUUUGACCACCUCCUGGUAUUCUCCAAGCUCAAACAGGCAUUGGCUCAGGUUGAGGGUGAGUGGUAGGCGUACUUUCUCCAGUGACUCCCAGUCCUCUCCUUUAUAGUCCUUUGUUAUCUCCUACACACAAAUAGUUUGAGACAUGGCUGGAUGUGCACAAAUAUCCCUAUAUAGAACUCUUUAUAUUUUUGCAGUAUACUUACUUAUAUACUAUGCUAUAUAACAGCUCCGCUAAAUUGAUUGUGGAUAGGACUGACUCAUGUUGAUUUUAUGGGAUCUUACCUAUUACCAUGCUUACCUUGGUUUGAAGAUACUCUACAUACUCCAGGGCAUUUUUAAAUUUCACCAUGGCAUCAGCAAAGUGCUGCUCUUUAAUGUAGAAACUCCCUUCAUCCUGAAGCAGCAAUAUUAUCCGUAACAACUGCUGCCGAUCCAUGCCUGCAGUUGCAGCAGCAAUUUGGUGAUUAACUUCUGAUUUUGGCUUUUCCAAUUGCAUAUUUUGUGUGCUUGCCUCUGCACUCUCACACUCCUGCUCCUCUUUGACAAUUUUCUGAAAAUACUGCACAUUGUCAUUCAAAUUCAAUUUUUUAUCUUGCUUUGCUACACAUUCUUCCUCUUUUUUUCCCUCAGUAAUCUUCCCAUUCUCAAUACUCGUUUUCUUCUCAAAUAUGUUCCAGUAUUUUUCUUUGUCCUCCCAGUAUUUUUCUUUCAUUGUUUCUGAGAGGAGUUUCAGUUCUCUCUGAACUAGUUUAGCCAGAGUCAUGUCCAAUUUGGCCACCAUCAGGAAGUCCCUUUUGGCCUCCUUCUCACUCCAGACAGCAGCAUAAGCUUUGGCCCGCUUAUAGUAAGCCUUCACACAGUCUGGUGAGCAGAAUGGAAACAAGAAUACAUAUACAGUACAUUUCAAGUAAGUUUUAAUCUUACUCUAUCCCUCUUGAUGUUUUCACUAAAGAAAGUUUACUGUUUUUCCAGUUUUUAUACUGUUAUUAUACUGCGUUACUAUGUUAGCCAGCAUUGUGUAUACACCAUGGUUCCAAAAAUCACUGAUGCCGUUAAGCAGUGAUGUUGUGGAGAUGAAUCUUUUAAAAUGAAAGAAUUACACCUCAGGGUCUAAUCCUAUAUUUGUGUCACUUUAUCCCAUCGAAGACUACACACAUGCACACAUCCUAAUCCUUAAUUUAUGACUUAAUGGGCUUGAUAGCCUAGUAAAUAUCCUCCCAAGGAAUUCUAAUGUUUCUGUAGUCACCGAAGCUUUUAUGCUUCCUUUAGUUUGAAGUCUUACCUUUAUGUUUCUCAAUAAGUUCUGUGGUGUGCUCAAUUACUUCAUAGUAUUCCUCAAGCUCUAGCAUGCACUGGCAGUAAUUGAGGACCAGGGGCAUAAUAAGCUUGCUCAGCUUAAUAUAAUCCUCAUCUCCUGGCAUCUCCUGAAAAGAGCACCAAAGAACAUUAGCAGGAGUCAGUGACUUACAUUUUGAAGAAGUGUCAUUCAAAUUCAUAUAACCUCCACAUUUCUCUAAAAACUUCUGCUAACCUGUUGUGGUGGCCCACAUUAGCUGUCAUGACCUCACUAACUGUCAUAAUUUAUAUAUUUUUGCCACAGACAUUGAUGCUAACACAUUUUACAUUUUAAACACAAGUGAAGUGCAAAUAUUGAAUUAAAAAGGACAUUAAAUAAAGUGAUUUAAACAGUGGCAAUCCAAACCUGGGACCAGGCACCAGACCUUUGUGAAUUCUCUCAGAUGUAAACAAAAGUCCUCAAAUAGAACGCAACUUAGCACAAAAUUAGAUCACAAUUAAUAUAUUGCUAAAUAUAUCAAAAGUAACUGUAAAUAAAACUAUUACUGAUCAGAAUUUAUUAUGUUUUGAUUUGGGUAAUGUUCACAUCAACCAUCAGAAUGAGGAAAAAUGUAAUCUCAGCAAUCAGAAAAAUGUAAUGGCAUGAUUGUUGGUGCCAGUUAGGCUGGUUUGAGAAUUUAUAUAACUGCUGAUCUCCUGGGAUUUUUGCACACAUUCUCUAGAGUUUACACAGAAAGGUACAAUGAAAAAAGAUCCAGCAAGCAGCUAUUCUGCUGACAGAAACACCUUUUUGAUAAAAGAGGUCAGUGGAAAAUGACGACUGGAUUGAGCUGACAGAAAGGCUGCAGAUAAUCACUCUGUACAAUUGUGGUUAUCAGAAAAGCAUCUCACAAUAUGUAACAUCACACCUUAAGGUGUAGGGCCAAUGGUAGCAGAAGACCACAUUGAGUUCCACUACUGUCAGCCAAGAACAGAAAGCUGAGGCUGCAGUGGGCAUAGGCUCACCAAACUGGACUGUUGAAGUCUGGAAAAAUGUAACCUGGUCUGGUAUUUCUUGAUGAGUCAGAAUUUGGUGCCAACAGUAUGAAUCCAAGAACUACACAUGCCUUGUGUCAACAGUACAGGGUUUUGAAGAUUGUGUAAUUGUGUAGGGAAUAUUUUUUUUAUUUAUUUAUUUACUUUUAUUUAUUUGCACACUUUGGGUCCAUUAAUACCAAUCAAGAAUAGCUUAAAUGCCACAGAGUAUUUGAGUAUUGACUUGCCAUGUUGCUGACCAUGUGCAUCCUUGAACUGUGGCUAAAAUUGUUUCAUGAAACCUAAUCUGUACUCUAAUUACUUAAACAAGCUGCAGUUAGUCCACAAUGCAGCAGUCAGAGUCAUUAGAACCAGAAGUUUGGCCCAAUCACCCCAUCAAUUCCACAAUAUAUGGGGAUGUCAGUUCCAGUGUUCCUGUGUUUGCAGUAUUUACCACAGGUUUCUUGCCUUUGUCUGUGUUUAAAUUAUACCUUUGAUUUCAUACUUUGAUUUUCUCUUUUUAUUCAAGAUUUUGCACUGUUGCUUUCGUUUGUUAUUUUUUUCUCUUUUUCUUAUUACAUUCUUGUCAAGUAUUUACAGGACAAUUUUAGUUUUCUGUCUUAAAACAGCAAGCAGAGGAAGCCCACUUCAGAUCUUACUAAUAUUCAUCUCAGAUUCAGUCAAGGGUAUGUAAUUAUUAAGUAUGUCAAACAUGCAGCUUGUCCAGUGUGUGAGCUGCAGGAUGUUUAGUAGUUCUUCCUUCAUUGUUAGCAUUAAUUUUACUUGUGGUUAGUCUAUUUUAGUAUGGAGAAGAUUAUAGCUUUAGUGGAGCGCAUCCUGACACUAGAGAAGUUUAGCGAUAGCAUAAGUAGUGUAGUGUUUGUAGCGGGAAAUCUGGAUGCCUUAGGCGUUGUUAGUAAGAGCUCUGAUUAUAGUAGACUCUAUCUUAAGAUGUGAAAUUAGCUAGGCCUUUAGGGGCUCCUGCAGCACUGAUAUACCCGUAACCAGGGGACCGAACAUAGCAGGUAAUCUUAGGGUCCUAGGCAAACACAAGUUCUACAAGGUACUUUUCCUUUUAGGAGCUAAUGUUAUAUGCCUUCCUCAGUCAGAGGUUACUAAGAGUAAUAUUAUAGAGGUGUGUAAAUUAGCAAAGGCGAUAUCCAAGCUAUAGUAUGCCCUGGCCCCUUCCCAUUGUGGUGUGGCGAUGUAGCUUACAUCCACUUGGGAAAGUGCUGCUUUCAUUUGUUGCUGUGUAGCACAGAUCACAGAGCAUUAGAUCAUAGUGAAUGCACAUCCAGCACAUUUGAUCUGAAGCUAGGACUGUUAAAUAUAAGAACUGUUAAUAAAAUGAUUAAUUUAUGUAUUAUACCACUUUUAACAAUGUACAUUGUCUUAAAGCAGCUUUACAAAAACAUAGUAACAGAAUAAAAAUGAUAAAAUUUACAGUUACUAUUUAUUCCUCUACUAUAUAAGUUAAAUUUAACUAUUUAUCCCUAACAUUUAUCCCUAAUGAGCAACCCUGAGGUGAAAGUGGCAAGAAAAAACUUCCUGAGAUGAAAUGUGAAAGGAACCAGGCUCAGAAGGGAACCCAUCCAUGUGCAACCAAGAGCUCCUAAGGAACUAAUAGAACUGUGAGUCUGUCUGUCUGUCUACCUGCCCCCCCCUCUCUCUCAUCACUUGGUGAUGCACACUGCUGCUGGGGAUGGAUCCAGGACCACUUAAAGACAAGCCAUCUUUCAACUGCUGUUGCGGCAGUCAGCUUUGUGUUUGGGUCUUUAUUAGUGAACAUUUGAAGGAAAUUUGAAGUGUUAAGUCUAUAAUAACUCAGAAAUUACAAUGACCUAUUACUUGCUCAGGAGCUCUUGGGUGCACAAUUCCACUUGACUAUAAACAAUAACAGGAAGGUUGUUGUUUACAUUUAUGUUAUUAUGUUAUCCCUUCUGAGCCUGGUUCCUCUCAAGGUUUAUUCCUCAUAUCAUCUCUUCCUUUCCACCAUUGCCUCAGGCUUGCUUAUUAGGAAUAAACAUUACCAGUAGCAUAAGGUGCCUCUGUUGCUCUUUGGAUCAUAUAGUUAUCAAAGCUAGACUUUCUAGAGUUUCUGCUUGAAAAGUUUUACAAUAAAGUUUCUCAUACGAUCCCAUAAGCAUUUCUCUUUGAGCCUUGAAAUAACAGUGUAGGAGAAGUUAGCUAAAUACAUGGCAUCCACAUUUUUCCAAUGCUAACAACAUUUAGCAUGUUCAUGUUCACGUUACCCUUGACUGGAUGGUACGUAACAGCAGCACAGCCUCCUUGUAUUUCUCAGAUGCUUCAUGAUAACAUUUCUUUUUAACGAGUGUGUUGCCUUGUUGGUGAAGGGUGGGUACAAGCUGCAUCUUUUCAUCCUUCUCCAUGAGCCAAGACUCAUGAAGGUAAGAGAAUGGUGCACCGACCUGAGCAUGAACGAAUAGGGCAGAGGCAACAGACAAUAGGGAAAAAGAUAAAGAGAAGCAGAGAGCAGGGAGCAAGAGAAUAAGCAAUCCAGUUUACUUUACUGGAAACAGCUUCACCCUGUGUUUUCACAUGAUUGCCUAACAUUCUGCUUUGCAUUCAUGUUUGUAAUCCUACUGAGAUUAGCUCCAUGAUGAAGAUUAGAGGUUGUGGUUCCCUCAUCAGCUCAUCAAGCUCAGGAAAGCCUGUGGAAUGGUAGGUGAACACAUUGCCCACACCACACAUGUGCUUCUGGCCUUCUAGUGGGUCUUUGCCCUGUGCAGCCAAACGUAUCCCUUUGGAAACCAGGGGAUAGAGACCUGUGUGCUGUGCAAAAAUAAAUAAAUAAAUAUAUUUUAGCAGAACAAUGCUUUUUUAAAUCCACAACUAUGUCUUAUUUUGGUCUUUGUACAUGGACAGAAAGAUUUAGAAAGCAGAAUAUAUUUUAGAAAGUAAAGGGAACCUCAGGAAUACAUGUAAUAAUCCAGAAAGCUGAUCCAGCAAGCCCUAAAUUAUAAUUAAAUGUCAGAGAAACAUGACAGGAAGAUUUUAAAGAGAGUUGUAAGAGAUUUGGCUUGCUCUGAGCUACUGCACUUACAAUGGCAUCACACCAAAACUGUGCCACCUCGCCAACCCUCAUGGAGGUUAACAGCACCUCCCACACUUCCAUCUUGAACAUUUUUCCCACAAAAAUUUCUGUUGGCUGCUUAUUUUUGCGACUGUCGUCGAUCACUGUCCUUUCAAAAUUGUCCAGUAGUGUCUUGAAAUGGAACACCAACUUUGUGUAAAGGAAGACAGAAAUAGAAAAACAGUAGAUUAGUAGAGAAGAUGGAACAUGUUUUCCGGCCUUCUAUUCCCCUCACAUUCUGUGAAUCACUAAACUGAAUGCAUGUGUGGAUAUUUUUGUUUCAGAACUCCUUUUGAAAUAAUUCACUUUAAUGUGCUGAGGCCAGAUGCUUGGACAAAGCAAAAAAGAAGAAAACCUGCAAAAUGUCAAAUACCAACUAAGGACCAGAAAUAAGACAAUGGCUAAGGUCUUCUUUUUAGUGAUUUUAUGAGCCAAGUGUUUUGAGCCACUACAUAAAACCUAAGCAGCAUAUUAAUCAUCCAUUGAAACAUAUCUACAAGAGACUGAACAAGACAAGUGUAAGACAUAAAUCCAGCUAGAAUAAAUGUCUCAUUAAAAAAGCAUAUAUUGUUAGAGAUAUUCAAUAAAGAUGUCCUUUGUCCUACCUUAGUACCGUUUGGAAAGUAAGGUAGAUGUCCCUGCCCACCAUGGAGAAUAGUUUUUUUCACUCCAUGAUGAUUAAAUAGGUAUGCUUCCUCCAUUUUUAUAUAAUUUUAUAUACAAUAGUCCAAAAAAAGUCUGAAAAAGUAAGUGUGCUGUAUGUGCCUGUUUUAAAUCCUCUGCACUCUGUUUAUUAACAUUCAGGGGUGAAGAACAUGCUAGAAACAGCAGGCUGCUUUCUGACAGAUGGGUGGAUUAGCAGGUUGAGGAUGACCACUUUAAUCUGUUUCACAUAAUCCCCUAAGACACAAGUGUAAUCCCCAGGAACAAGUACAGGACUUGGUAACUAAAAACUGUAACUCAGAAAGCAGGAGGAAAUUAAAAAAAAAAAUUAAUAUCACGCUAUAUAGAGACUAAGCAAAUGUAUGUGCAAAAUACCCAAUGAUAUUUAAAAUGGGAGUUAGUAGUAGUGGAGGGUAAACUAAUGCCUAAUGUCUUCCUUACCUGCUCACUCACUUUUGGUGGACAGCCUCCUCAAAUUGCAGUGUCCCACACUCUUCCUCAUUUCUUUUUAAAUAAUGUAUUUAAAGGCUUGACAUGAUGUUUGAAUGAAUGUUUACUUUUUCAGAACUUUGUCUAGACUUGUUAGCCAGUUGGUUCUCUAUUAUGAUAUGGGUCCUCCAAGGAACAGUUGCCUUUAUACUGAGAUUCUGUGGCACUAAUUGCACAUUGCAAGUGGACUACAGUCAUCUAAUUAUUAGACUUCUGAAGGAAACUGGUUGUUCUAGAACUACUUUAGUGACUGAAAACUAUAUUAUCCCCCCCCCCACUUCAAUACUAUAUUCUGCCUAAAAGUAGUGUGUAUCUAUCAAGAAUUAUUUAGCCAUUGAUUAAGUAGUUGGCUUUGAUUAAGUCCAUAAUAAUCAGGUAUAACCUUUAUGAUAAUCAUAGUCUUUAUAAUAAUCAUGCAGAAUUAUUAAUAGUAGCGUGCUAGCGUAAUAACCACACUGAGACUAGACAUAGAAACGAGAAAUUUAUUGGAACAUUAGGAGUUACAGCUCAGUCAGUCAGCCUAUCCAGUGGGAUCAGUGGGACCGGAGGGUCAGUUGUAGAAGACGGGACCUCAGGUUCCUGAGGAGAAGUUGGAGAGUAAUCAGUGGGAGAAACUGGAGGCGAAUAGACAGGAGAAGAUUGGGGAAUAUCGUGAAUACUGUAAGGCAAAGGCACAAAUCCAGGAGAACGUUGGGGAAUGUCAGGGGAACUAGGAGGUGAAGAAGAGUCAGAGGAAGAAUCAUCAGAAGAGAUCUCAACAGGGAAAUCCUCAGUUUGGACACCUUGAGAGGUAGUACGUGUCCAAUGCCAGUAGAAGGUCUGAGUAGACUGAUCACAGGUUGUGGGGUGAAAUUGGGUGCUCUGAUCAAGACAGAUGGUAUCUCUCACGAUGUGGUGAGCGAGGUGAGGAGACUCAGGAAUAGAGGAUUCAGAUAGGUGUUCCAGGAAACCAGUAAGCUCAAUGGCCAGGCAAGACAGCUGAUACUGGCGAUAGCUUCACAGAGCACUCCUGGGACCUCUCCGGAAGAUACAGGCUGACUGAGCUAGAAGGAAGAAUGGGAAAUGGGAAGAGAUGAGUGAGGUGCAUAUUGCGUGACUAUGUAAUCAACAAGAGAGCGCAUGCACUAAGGCAAGAGGAAAACAGUGUGGGGACCUGACACUGGUAGGCGGCUAGGGGAGACAAUAGCAUUGGAAUACCAGUAACCAACAGCGAUGAAAAGAGGGAAGGAUAUGAGGCAGCAUAAUGGCAAGGCUUAUUUUAAAAAAAUAAAAAUAAAACUUAGAUCAAGCAGGUAGAGAAAAGUCAGAAUGACAUAGAGGAAGAGAUCAGGCUACUUACACAUUGUUGUGGAGGGCGACGUUUGAGGUCAGGAUGAUCUGAGGAAGCAACUUGGGAGGUGGCGGUCAAAUGAAGUCGAUGAGGAAGUGGCGCUUAUAAGUAAGUGCUAUUUUUUGACUUAGCCUAAAAAUAAGGGGAACUGGAGAGGAGGAUGGUAUUAAUUUAGGGGAGGUAUCGGGACGAAUAUGAAAAUAAUGGGAAAUGGUAAAACGUAUGUAAAUUAAGGAAGGAGGGAUUAAAGUAGCCAUACACUGAAUAUAAUGGGAAAUUGCUGGAAAUAUUUAAAUUAGAGAAAAGGAGGCGCCCUGGGGCACCUGAGGUAUAAGUAGAGGGGAACUUUUCGGGGUUUUCAGACCAGCUGCUCUCUUCAGAAAUGCAUGUUGUUGACUGCAUGGCUGAAUAAAGAAACCUGCUUCUUCUCAUCUGCUGACUGAGAUCUCCAUUUUAUAAAGUUUUUAUAGUUUGUUGAGUUCAUUGGGUAAGAUUAUGGAAAGCUAAGAGAAAUAGACACAAUCUAAAAUUCCACCCUGUGAUACGUCCACUCGGAGGGGGCUCUGAGUUCCAACAAUUGCAGAUUGCAACUUGAAUAAAUGACUUUUCUUUUUAUUGGGGAGAGGACCUCUUUAUGUUAUGGUUAUGUAUCACAGUAUGUUAGGCAGGAAUGAAAGUGGCCAACAAGAUGGAUGCCUUUUUCUGUAACAAAAAAAGUAGGAGCUUAAGAGAUGCCAAUUAUAAUUUAUACAAGAAUGUAUUUUUUUUACUAUUAUAUAAUGGAAUGUUAAUACUAUAAUUAAAGUUUAACAAACCUGUGUAGUUUUAGCUUCACUAAAUGCCUCACAACCAUUUUUUGAAGUGUAAAAUGAUGCAAGCUCAGAACUAAGGUAAUGUCAUUAGCACAAUUACUGACCAUGGUAGCAAAAAGUAGAAUGAGCAUGUAAAUAAUAGAAAAGGAUUCAAGAUGGAACCCUGUGUGUACCCUUCAUUAACGGUCAAAGUGUGUGACUAAUUGAUACUGACAAUAAAAUGCUGUCUGUAGGUAAGGAAGUUCAUAAGCACAGUUGAAGCAGCACCAUAAAGAUUAAAUGUAUAUAAAACUUAUGACUGAAGGAAUCAGAAGCAGCUGUGAACUUGACAAGGGGCAGGAUGCUAACAAGACUAGAAUACGAAAAUAUGGUGUUUUUACAACAGAGAAGGCCAGAAUAUACCACAGUGAAAAGAUACAAGUAUAAUAUGUUCAUUUAUCUGUGAUACCAAUGGCUGCCAACUCAAGGACUAGACACCCAUGCUCUAAGAUUUCUGUAGUUUAAUUUUUUAGAACCACUUCAAAAUGUUUAUUUAAUCAAUCAUUACAUUACAUUCCACCUUUCAUGUCCUCCAAGCUAACAUUUCAUUAUGAGUGGAGGAAAAAAAAUAAAAUAAAA